AUGGAUCGAAGUUCUCCAGAAUGGGAUCUCGACAGCGACGACAUCGCGUCUGUCACUUCUCAAGACCUCCACGAUAAUCGCCCGAAUCGCUGGACGGGACAGCAGAGACCAUGGCAGCGCAUGACGGCAGAGGAGCGGCGCCUGUGGCAGUCGAUGGAGGCUGUGGAGGAUCAGGAUUUGGCGGUUCAUUUGUACAAUGCGUUUGCGCUCAAGAAGCGCGGCAAAGAUUCCACGACGGCGCAAGAUGUCACGGUUACUAUGGAAAACGGGCAACAAAGCAUAUGGGCGCCCCCAAAGGUUUGGACCGCAUGGCCGAUGAACGAGAAGCAUGUGCCCCGACAGAAGGAUGCCUGGAGAGAGAAUGAUGGGUUUGACAGAUUCACGUUUCGCAAAGCUGAGAAACAGAUGCCUAGCUCUGAAUUACACGAGGAACUUGGAGCGACCAUAUUGAGGAUAGCCGGGGAGCGCUUUCACAAAAGCAAGAGGAAAACUGUACUCACGUCUAUUGAAGGAGAUCCGACCUCUUUAGAUAUAGGAGGAUCUGAGAGAGAAGUCGCAAAAGCGUCAAGUAUGCCAGCUCCGUCAUCCCCAUCUUCCGCGUCUGGUCAUGAAGACGUGAAAAUGAUGCUACUUAAUGACGAGGGAGGUCGAAGUCAUGGUAAGGAUGAAGGCCACUCAGCACGAUCAACUGGAAUGAAGAGAAAGGCUCCAGAGACAUACGAGCCUGUAAUGUCUUCUAAUGACGACGUAUCCUACGCGCUCGUCAAACCUUCUGUUCGGCAUAUUCUCUCACAGUUGGAUGCUACACUACAUAUCCUCCACAGCGCCCGCAUCGCCACCACAAACUACGCAUCUGAUUCGUCCGCAACAUCCGACUCAGAAUCCGACACUCGCCCUGGCCCUAAACGAGGCCGUGGCCGCCCUCGCAGCACGAAGCUCACAGGAACAACAGCCUCUCCACACACAGGCGGAGCCACCACGCCCAAUGCCAGCAAACGUGGCCGUCCUCGAAAGGUCCGCGUCCCUCGCGAAGGAGAGACUCACGACGAGAUGCUUGUUCGCAUCGCACGCGAAUCGCACAGGAGACUUCCCAACACUGCAAAAGACAGAGAUGCAGCAUUCGAAGAGUGGCUCCGCCAGGGCGACGAGAAGCUGGAACGUGAGGCGGCCCUCAUUAGAGAAGAGGAAGAGCUGGGAAUCGAUCCGCAUGCUAGUGCCCAGGAGAGACGACUUCGCAGACUCGGCCUCCGCGACUGGAGCGAUGUACUCGGGGCUGCUGCGCUAGCAGGCUUUUCUCACCAAGUAAUUGCCAGGACGGCCAAGCGAUGUGCGAAUUUAUUUGGCGAGGGGAUGGUUAUGCGGCGCCUGGACGAGGUUCCAGCUUCGAGAGGACCGCCUUUUCACACCAUGGAGUAUCGCCCAGAGAAAAUCAACCUCAACGGUCCAGAUAACAACUCUGAAUCGGAUAGCGGAGAGGAUGCUGCCACCGCUCUAUCAUCUCGUCGCACCUCUCGCCAGCCAUCACAGGGUCGCCUCUCAUCUCGCCGCCUCAGCUCCUCGCCCUUUCGCGGACGUUCCGGAUCCUCAGCCCUGCGGAGCCGCUCGCAUUCAAAAUCUCGAUCUCGGUCGCGCUCCUCGGCCGGCUUCCACUUCUGCCCGGUUCCAACCUGCGAGCGUUCGACUACGGGUUUUGCGCGCAAGCAGAAUCUUCGGCGGCAUAUGCAGCUUGUGCACCCUGGGCGCGGGGAUGACGAGGAGGAUUGGGAUAGCGAAGAUGAGGUAUUUGGGGCGGUGCAUGUGGAUGGGUUCCUGAAGCCGAUUCUGGCUGCUCGUGGAUGGAGGGAGAAUGUAGCGGCCAGCUCGUUGGUGAUUAGGAAAAGGGGGCGAGAAAGGCGAACGGGAGAGGAUGAGGACGAAGAUGAGGAUGAGGAAUUAUGA